UCUUCUCCUUUGUUCUCUAGGCCCGAACAUCGCCCAAACCCAAAAGGCUUUCCGUUUGUUCGUCGCAAGAAUCGCCGGACGAGAGGUCGAGUGGAGAGCGAGAGGGAAAGAGAGGGACAGAUGGAGGAGAUCAUAGCGGGCGUUCUCUGUAUGCUUCUCGUAUUUUCUCUCUUCCCUCUUCUUUGGUGGAGGCGCCGUGAGAUCGCUCGAUCCCCUCACGAGCACGAUGAAGAACCCCAACGCCAACAGGUAGAAAGAGUAGCUCGCCCUGCUGGGACUCGUCGCAUGCGUCGGAGGCCAGCUGCUGCAAGUUCAUCUGCUGCCUCAACAAGUGCAGAGGCUCUUGAUGAAAGUGAUGAGGAGGUGGCUGAGGCUGAUUAUUAUGUUGCUAAAGCAUCUAAGAAAAAGGAAAAGAAAAAGCAAGAGCGUGAAGCUCAAAGACAGGCUGAGGAAGCAUCACGUGAAUUAAGAAAGACAAAGCAAGAUCACUAUGCAGAAAUGCGUAGGAAGAAGGAUGAGGAGCGUGAAGCACAAGAACAUUUGAUGGAGGAAGAAGCUAGGGCUCAACAAGCCAAGGAGGAGGAAGCUGCAGCUCUAGAGUUUGAGAAAUGGAAAGGGGAAUUUUCAGUUGAUGCUGAGGGUACAACGGAAAAUGAACUGCAAGAUGAGAACCAGGGUCAACUCUUUAAUUUUGUGGAAUACAUCAAGAAACAGAAAUGCAUCCCAUUGGAAGAUCUUGCAGCAGAAUUCAAGCUGCGCACUCAGGACUGCAUCAAUCGAAUAAUAUCACUGGAGAGUAUGGGAAGAUUAUCUGGUGUCAUGGAUGAUCGUGGCAAGUAUAUAUACAUCGCACCUGAGGAAAUGAAGGCAGUUGCAGAUUACAUCAAACGGCAAGGAAGAGUCAGCAUUUCACAUCUUGCCAGCAAAUCCAACCAGUUCAUUGAUUUGGAGCCAAAGCCUCAGUUUGAUGAACAAAAUUCAGAUGGGAUUGCUGUUGCAUAGGCCUUGUCUAAAUAUAUGUGGCAUUAUAUUUCUUUUGGUACAGUUAUUUUGUACCCAGACCAUGAAGAAAUGCCUUAUGUCUGAUGCAGCCAGUCCUCGUACUAUUGUUGACCUUGGAAAUUUCAAUGCCAGGAGGAAGCUGUCAAUUGGAUAGCGGUGCCAGGAUUAGGUGUUUUAGAUUGAAUGGUGGGCAUGGAAAAGAGGUAGAUAUCUAACAUCAUGAGAGUGAUAGGAUCUAAACAACUCUGUGAUGUGUGCUCAAAUCUUAUGUUAGCUGUUGUCAUCUCUGUGUUUUUUCGUUA